UCUCUCACUCGCACUUGCAGCUCUUCCGUUGCCUCUCUCUAUUUCACCCAACCUCUCCUUCCUGAUUUCAUACAUUCGGAAUUUCAAUUGCGAGAAAACAACCUGUCCUCAGGGUCUCCACUUGCUAAAUUCUCAAACUAAAGCCUUGCGCCACUUACGCCUCCAAGUCUGGAGAGAAAUCUUCACGGAAAGGGAAAGUAUUCCAGAGAAAAGGGGUUGUCUCAAAGUGCCCCGCUUCCCCAUCCUACACUUUACUCUGUCUACUUAUUCUGCCUCGCUUGGUCAGAUACACACCUUCACAAGGUCACUUUGUUUCGUCGCCUAAGAUGGUCAUACAUGACCUAGUCGCAGACAUUAACUUUGUACACUCUCGUUAAACUCUCGUUAAACUCUCGUUAAACUGUGCAACUCUUUUAUCUCUACAACAUUUGCAUAUAACGCAAGAGGUGUUGGAAGAAACCGGAGUUCAGACGACUGUCACAUUUCAUACCUACUCCAUUCAAGUUUGACAUUCUUUUGAAUGUUUCUACGUACAUAUCCCAGGGCUGCAUCGUAAUAUUGGAACAACACGAAACACGUGCACAAAUACAUGCAUGUUGGCGUAGGCGGAAAAGCGGAAAAUACAUACACGUUUCAGGAAAAGAAAAAAAUAGACUGGAUAAAACGUUCAUAAACAAUUACGAAAUUUUAACUCGUGUCUAAAAAUACGCUACAUUUGAGAAAUCAAACAAUGUGUAAAUGUUGCAAAACAACAGCAUGUUUAACAUGUUGAUGACUCCUCUGUGAAUCUCCUCUCUGUCUUCUUGUGUAGAAAAGUAAAGGGUUUUAUCCCUUCUGGCAGGGAAGGAAAGUGACGGAAGUGUUUAAGGAAAGUUUGAGAUUUGUGCUAAUGACUUGUGACACGUGAACAAAAAUAUUUAACGAAGGUCGAGUGGUUGAGGCAAAGUGAAGCCAUACACAUUUCCUCACCCCUCCGCGUGCAAGAUCUACAUAUUUCCAGAUUUAAAUCUCGUCUCACCUCUCAAUUACUCUGCGGUGCGGUGAGGCUGGUGGGUGAGAAGCAGGAUAUAAAUAUAUAAUAUUCCUCCUUUGUUCAUUUCUUUCUCAACUGCCAAAGCAAUCGAGAUUCGAGAUUAAUUAGAGAAUUAGUGCGUCCUACCACAAAAUGAGGGUCCCAUUCUUCACGAGAGCUGGGAAUGAUGACAAGGAUGGCUGUGUCGGAGGUGGGGGAGGUCGUCAUAAUAAUCAUUCUCAUAACUCUACAAGUCAGCAGCAGCGUAAUAGUCAUCAUCAUCAUUCCCACUUAUCCUCGAAAUGGACUCGAAUUUUGAUCGUGGGUCUAUACGUGGGCUUAUGUCAAAUGGCAGCUGUCUUGUCACAAGCCAUGAAGGAACUUCCAAAAUUUGGAGAACCAAUCCCCAACGUCACGGUUGCAGUGGGAAGGGAUGCGUCACUACCAUGCGUUGUAGAAUCACUAGGUAAUCACAAGGUGGCAUGGGUUCACAUUGAUAGAAGAAUGAUACUGACAAUCCAUAGACAUAUUGUCACCAAGAUCCCAAGAUUCAGUGUAUCGUAUGAUUCACACAAAACAUGGCUUCUAAACAUAAAUGCGGUGCAACAAGAAGAUCGGGGUUACUACAUGUGUCAAAUAAAUUCUGAGCCAAUGCAAUCCCAAGUUGGGUAUCUGCAAGUUGUUGUUCCUCCGAACAUCUUGGAUGAUGACAGCUCAGACUCCCAUGUGGCUGUGAGAGAGCAUCAAAACAUAACGUUAAGCUGCAAGGCCGAGGGAUUUCCAGAGCCGAGGAUCACUUGGAAGCGUGAAGAUGGAGCAGCCUUUGCGGUCGACAGGAGGAAAAAAGUUAACGUUUCGGAAGGUGAAAGACUUCACUUGUUCAAAAUCAGUCGAUUGGAGAUGGGGGCCUACCUCUGCAUCGCAUCAAAUGGAGUGCCACCAUCGAUCUCAAAGAGGAUCACCGUCGAUGUUGAAUUUUCACCUAUGACCUACAUUCCAAAUCAGCUAAUUGGGGCUCCUAAAUCCACAAAUGUGACACUUGAGUGCCACACAGAAGCGUUUCCACGUGCGAUCUCCUAUUGGGUUUAUGACAACAUGAUGAUAUUGACAACUGGGAAAUACAAUACGGAAAUUGUGGAGUCAAGUUAUCGAACUCACAUGCGACUCACAGUAAGAGGACUCAAGGACAAAGACUUUGGAAAGUAUCGAUGCCUAUCAAAGAACAGUUUGGGUGAAACUGAAGGUUCCAUAAGAUUAUAUGAGAUCCCAAUGCCGUCAGUUCCUCCAAAAGCCACAGAAGUGAAGCAGGAAAAGAACAAUGCGGUUGGCGUUGUGCGGCUUAACCCAAUUUCUAAGACGGAUGAAAAGUGGAAUAAGGGAGGCAAAGGGGAACGAGAUCGCGAGUCCAAGUCGAGCAACAGAGUCCCUUCGGAUUCCUCUGGCUCAAACUCUCCCAACGGUUUCAAUCGCACAUCAAUCCGUGUUCCGACUGUGGAAUCGGCCAACUCAGCGACUGAUAGAGCAGGAUCCCUCUUGCAACUUUCUCUGGCAAAAUGUGUUGCCUACAUUCUACCCGCCACAUACCUGAUUGCAAUGACCCUGAUGGGCAGAUUCUCAGUCCUCCUACAGUUAUAAUUUCCUCAUUGGAAACGUGAAAGUAUGUUUAAUAAUCGUAUUAUGUACAUCUACCGGUUUCGAGAGAUCGCAUGAUUAAUUUGCUGAUACCAAUUGAAAUGAAUUAAAUGCUUACUGCCACCCACAAAUGACCGCCUGCAUCACAACUUGAUCAAACGUUCACUUUACUGCAACUCUACAACAACUUAUUCGGAGGCAAUUUGGCUCACGGCGUCAGAAGAACAAGGAAGAAAGUCCGCUCUUGAAGGUUGGGCAGAGCAGAAACUGUGAAAUUUCGUCACUGGUGGUAGCGGUGAAGUGUACAUGUCGUUUGCAGAUUUGGAUUUAAUGGUUUCAAAGCUAAAUGUUUCAUGUGACUGAAUGCGGAAACAAAGGGGAAGGUGCAAAUUUGAAUUUAGACUUGUGACUGACUCUGACUCUGCUAUUUGCGGAUUUUGUGGUCGGUGGUUUAUUAUCCCUCCUUGCGUCACGGACAACAUUCAACAAUUUCUCUUGUCCUGCUAGCAACAAGGCGUCCUUAAAUCCCUCAUUUUGCUGGUUGGUGCUUCUAACGAUAUUGUCACAGCUUAUGUAUAAGGCAGUUAUUUACACAGAUAUGACAUGCUGCUCUCCCUCUAAAGCUUUGUGAAAAUCCGCGAGUGUAUUGUUACACAGUUUAUGAACACUUUUGGAAAGUUAUACAAAGUUGAAGGCAGGUUUCUAAUAUCUCUCAUGACAUUUAAUAGUAAAUAUAAACGUAUAAAUAGGUAAUAUAUAUGUACUAAUAAACAGUGUUGGCUCAUUCAUAAGAAUAUUUAAAAUAUGGUACAUUCUAAAACGAGGAACAAGUUAGAUAAUUUAUAUCUUAAAGGUGUAAAAUAAAAAUAAAAUAAAAUAAUUUCAUUUAUUUGUAAAAUGUAGUUUAACAGGCAUGUAGAUUGUUAAUUACCGGUUAAGACAAUCAAAUUUUAAAACUGCUGAAAAACGAUAUGGAAGCAAACUGUGCAGAAAUACAUUAUGUUUUGUUGAACUACUUAAAUCAUACAUUUUCAUGUAAAAAUUGUCAACGAUUUUUUUAACCCAAGAAUAGAAAUAGUACUCUAAUAUAGUUAGAAUUUAUUUAAAUACAUGAGCACAAUUGCACAACACCGCAUAGAUUUAAUAUUUAUUAGCGUUGCUUUUGUAUGAAGGGAUUGUACCACACUGCUUGUUUGAGAGUGAGUAACAUAAACUAAAUUCACCACUAAUGACUAAACUAUUUUCCUAAUUAUAUAGUUAACUAAUUCUUUUGUCCCAUAUCAAUAAAAUAGUUAUUAUUUUAAGCUCCAUACUACAUUUCGGAAAAGUGAAAGUUUUCACCAAAAAUUAAUUAAAUAAGUCUAUCAAUAUUAAAUAUAUUAGUAGCAUAUAUUAAUAAUGUAGCAUACAUUAAUAAUUCAUUCAUUAUGAAAAAGUGCCAAAAAUGGUUUCGUUUCAAUAGCUUUGUAAAUAUGGGUAAGAAUCAUUUACUAAAAUCAUGUACAACUCGCAUUACAGAAAUAAGUUUAUAUUUAUAUACGUAAUAAAAUACGUGAUAUUAGUAUUUGUGGAAAUAAUUAUCAGAAUAAGAUUUAACUAUGUAUGCAGAACAAAUAACUUUCUUUGUAAAACUUAAAUUACCUAAACCAAAAAGUAGCAGCAUCCUUCAAGAACAAAGAAUAAGUAAAUAGCACAUUUGUAUCUAGCAUCAGUAAGUUGAAAAAAAUGUACUAAAAAACUUAAUCUUCUUGUACUGCACGUACAUAAAUUUAAAAAGAAGAAUUGUUGGAUGGCACUGCACCGUCGUUUUGUAGCUUUUCUCCAACCGAACUACCAUCAGCAUUAUUUGCAGAGUCCAAACUCAGCUCUGAUUAAAGAUCUGCUGACUAAAUAUAUAGCUGAAAAUAUUACAACCACACACUACCUUUAUUUCCUUAUGUAAGUAUUACUGCAAUACACACCAACAAUAUUUUAUAGUCGACCACAACACAUACUGUAAAUUAAAAAAGUAGCUGUACUGUAAAACAAUAACGAUGAUAAGACCGAAAAUAAAUUUCCAACGAAAGUUUGAAA